GGGACAAACAUGCAUACAGAAACAGCUGGGACGUCGACGGGUUCGGUAGUACGCCUUCUCUCUGUUUUGUGCGCAGAUGCAUAACCGUGUACUUUCAAUCAAGCAAAGCAUUGCAAUCGCAACCACGAAAGGAAAUUAUCUCCAUGCUAUUUAUAAACAUUUUUAUCUUGUUUAUUUACUAUCGGCAAUAAGGUCUGUCGAGUGAUUUUUGCUAGUUCUAAGUGUUUACUGUUCUGUGGUCAUUAUUCAAGUGCCUUGAUGUCUUCUGUGAUGGAUUUUACUGCAUGUCGUAAGCAGGUGAGAGCAAUGUGACCACGGUUUCGUAAUAUUUACACAUCUCACGCCAGCAGAAAAAGAAACUAGUCUACGCUAUAUCUGUACAGGCGCAUUAAAUCAGAAUCGUCAUCUUAUGAAGUCAAGAAACCGGUUUCCAACCAUUAAAAAUCGUGGUUUGCGCACAAUAAAAUUGCCCGCCACCUAAGCUUCGAACAUAUUCUCAUGAAACAUUCACUGUAUGAUUCAGCGACUUACAGUUUAAGGUGUAACAAUUUAGCCUUCAAACAGUGGAACUUUAGCAAGCUUAGUGCAGUGAAUCAUCUUUAAAUGUGUCACGGUAUACCUGUUAAUUUAUCAGCUGCAACCUGGAAAGUGCCUUAUCUGCUUUGGACAAGCUAUGAUUUGUAGUAUGGAACACUGUGGUGUGAAUUGAAAGUUGAUAAAAGUCAAAAUUUUUAUCCGAACCAUAAAUGAGUGGCUUGAAUGCAGUGCCAACUGAGGUAACCCCUUUGAGGAGAAGUAAUCAAGUGAUAUCACAACGUGCGACCAACACUCAGCCAGUGUUGCAGCAAGCGGUGAUUGAGCUUGCUGGCAGUAACAGCACCGGUAGCAGCAAUAGUAACAGUGCAGUAUCUAAUCCGAAUAGUGAAUCACCCAUUGUCGAAGAUCGUCGAAAUAAUACGAUGAAUGACACCAAGCGAAUAUUUGUUCGUAUCGGAAUUGACUUUAUUAUUCUGUGCUGUGUCGGAUUCCCUAUUCUAAUAUUUUUCCUUGUCGGCCAACCGUACCAGAGAGGAUUUUUUUGUGAUGAUGAGUCACUAAUGCAUCCGUUUCACGACUCGACCGUCACGAAUUGGAUGCUGUACAUCAUUGGAAUAGCACUUCCUAUUUUUGUGAUAAUCGGCACCGAACUAGUACGAGCGCACGUGAAAAAGACGGAUGCACAGCCGCUGAAGGUGCGCAACGUCACCGUUCCAUAUUGGGUAGUGGAAGCGUACAAAUCAAUUGGCAUGUUCGGAUUCGGGGCCGCCUGUAGCCAACUGCUGACCGACGUCGGAAAGUACACCAUCGGCCGUCUGCGACCGCAUUUCUUCGCCGUCUGCAUACCUCGAAUGCCUGACAAUACGACUUGCAAGGAUGAAAUAAACCGACAUCGUUACAUUGUUGACUUCAAAUGCAUAAGUGAACUGUCUAGCCCACGUAUGCUAAAAGAAAUGCGAUUGUCUUUCCCUAGCGGACAUUCCAGUUUUUCAAUGUACACUCUAGUCUUCUGUGCUAUCUAUCUUCAAUCCCGAAUGAACUGGCGAGGUUCUAAACUUCUAAAGCAUUUCAUUCAGUACCUCUUAAUCCUGCUAGCCUGGUACACCUGCCUUAGUCGCAUCUCAGACUAUAAACAUCACUGGUCAGAUGUUCUGGCGGGUGGUGUGCUGGGAUCAACUGUAGCUAUUGUCGUAUCGAACUACUGCACGGAUCUGUUCGAUGCCCGCAGGAAAUUAUCGCCUGUUCUACCGCAGACACGCUACGAACUCAACACAAAUCAUGCUACUUCCAAUGGGAGUCAACAGCCCUAAAACACACAUUCCCUACAAAAAUGGGCGAUUGAGAAUCACUGUAAUAAUAAAUUCCUUUCACAAAGAGGAAAAAUCCGCUGCUAUAUUUAUUAUAUAGUAAUAAAUCUAAUUUAUUUCGUCGUUUUCAAAUCAAACUACAAAUCACUGAAAAUUUUACAGAUAGAAUUUAUUUAUCAGAAUGAAGACAGUUUUGUUAGUUUAAGAGCUAGUGCUGCAUUUAGUAAGAUACGGUAUAAAGCUAAAUAAGAAAACAAUACCCGGUUGGGAAAGAGUGAGAGAACUAGCGACUAAUAGUUGGUAUUUUUGCUAAAAGCAUCACCCUUUCAAGAAAAUUGUAUUUUUCUACUUAGAAAUAAAAGUUUUGUAUAAGUAUGAAUAAGUA